AUGGACGUCGUGAGUUCAAUACGCCCUCCUUUACCUGACCUUGUUAUCCACCACAUUCUCCAAAUCCUUCCUACUAAAGCUGCUGUUCGCAUGAGCUUCCUUUCCAAGCAAUGGGAUGGAGUUUGGUGCUCGACCCCGGUAUUGGAUUUCGACGAGGGAGAUGAUCCCGGUAAGUAUGACAACGACCACAUCGAUCUUAACAAGAUUCUCGAACAUAGAAAGUUCAUCAACGUCGUGGAAAAGUGGCUGGAAUUCUGUGACCAAGAGGAGCAAAAACAAGUCUUAUUGAAUAAAUUCAGACUUCGCAUGAUGAGGUACGUACCCGGAGAUUAUGACUCAAUAGACAAAUGCCUGAGUUAUGUAUUCGAGAGAAACGUCAAGGAGUUAGAUAUCAGUCUUAGAAUCAGUCGAUUAUUCUGGGGAUUUUCUUGGCAGAUCCGGUUAGGAUUCUACUACUGCGUAUCUAGGACGACCCUUGCAAAUGCAAAAACCCUAACUGUUUUGAAGUUGGAGUAUGUGAGGAUAAAAAAUCUUCGAUUAACCAAAAAACAGAGAAGGAGAAUAAAAAAUCUUGGCAGUUCUAUGCCUGUAGAUACAAGACUACUUUUGCCCAAUUUGAAAACUAUGUACUUGAAAAACGUGCAGUUUGAUAAACUUGCUCUCUUGUAUUUGAUCUUCGAGUGUCCUUCCAUUCAAGGUUUGUCAUUAACUUCAUGCCAUUGUGAAAACUCGGAUGACUUUCAUGUUAUAAGUUCGAGUCUCAAAUCACUGGAAAUUGAGCAUUGCGAUUCUCGGACUAUUUGGGUUGAUGAAGCUAUGAAUCUUGAAUCUUUUACGGUUUCAUCAAACUCUUCGUUUCUGGAUAAUAUUACCUUGAGUGAUACCUCCAACUUGAAACACAUCAACGUCCAUGCGGAGCACUUGAAGCACCUUACCGCUCUCCUCUUUCCUGAAGAUUUUAGGAAGAACUUCUCUUCACCAUUGUAUGGUGUCAAGCACCUCGUUGUUGUGAUGCCGAAUUCUCAAAAGGAGGUGAGCGAUAUUCCUGAGUUCCGCCACGCAUUGGGUUGGAUGGCACCUUCAAUAAAUCAGUUGUCUCUUGGAGAAGAGAAUCACCAAGAAUACCUUGCUCAUACUUCCUUGGUAGGGCUGAAGAACUUCUCUUCACCAUUGUAUGGUGUCAAGCACCUCGUUGUUGUGAUGCCGAAUUCUCCAAAGGAGUGGAUCAACUUGAUAGUGAAGUUGGAGCUAGUCUUCUGCUUAGCCUAG